UUGGCAGUAUUAGUAGUAGUAGUAGUAAUAGCUAUAGUUAGUAGUCAUAUUGUUUUGGAGAAUGUCUAAAGAGGUGGUUUGUGAGAUGCGGGAUCACAGUCUGGAGAUGGGGCCUAUUGUCACCUUCCACCGGCUGCACUAUUGUGUCCAGGACUCCAGGUUCUGCCGAAAGAGAGGCCCCGAGAAGUCCAUCCUCAAAGAUGUGAGUGGCAUCAUGAGACCGGGGAUGAACGCGAUCAUGGGUGCGACGGGCAGCGGCAAAACCUCGCUGCUUGACGUGAUCGCAGGCAGGAAGGACCCCCGGGGCCUAAAGGAAGGCCAGGUACUAGUGGACGGGCGUGUUGUGACCUCUGAACUUAGACUUAGCUCCGCCUACGUGGUUCAGGAUGAUAUUUUGAUGGGCACAUUGAGUGUGAGAGAAAACCUCCUGUUCAGUGCUAACCUGCGUCUGGACCCCUCAGAGCACACCCGCAAAGACAAGGAGAGCCGAGUGGACACCAUCAUACAGGACCUAGGACUCACCGACUGUGCGCACACCAAGAUCGGUACAGAGUUCUUACGCGGCGUGUCCGGAGGGGAGAGGAAACGGUGUAGUAUCGGGAUGGAGCUCAUCACCUCUCCCUCCCUGCUCUUCCUGGACGAGCCCACCACAGGAUUGGACUCCAACACAGCCAACUGCAUCAUCAGCCUGCUGCACAAACUGUCCCGCAGGGGUAAAACAGUGAUCUUCUCCAUUCACCAGCCGCGUUACUCCAUCUUCAGACAGUUUGACCAUCUGACCCUCAUGCACAAGGGGGAGAUGGUGUACGCGGGAGCAGCCAGCCAGGCCAUGGACUACUUCACAAACCUCGGAUUCACAAUUGAGGCCUUCAACAACCCAGCUGAUUUCUUCAUGGACAUCACGAAUGGAGAGACCAAAUCGGCACUGGCGCCUUUUAACACAGAGAAUGGACACACCUUCCUGGCCCAAACAUACCGUCAGUCUCUGCAGGGCAGAGCUGUGCUGGAGGAGCUGGACCGCUCAGACCAGAACCUGCCUCUGGGAGGCAAGAGCCCAGACAAGAGCGUCGGCUAUGCCACCUCUUUCCUCUACCAGAUGAAAGUCGUGUGUAAACGCACCGUCCUGAACCUCCUGAGGAACCCACAGACCUCAUACGCUCAGCUGGCUCUCAACAUCUUCUUCGCUGUGCUGGUGGGACUCAUCUACUUUCAGAUGCCCAUGACACUGCCCGAAGCCAUCCAGAACAGAAGUGGAGCAUUCUUCUUUCUCAUCAUCAACAUGGUGUUUGGAAACCUGUCUGCUGUGGAGCUGUUUAUCAACGAGAGGGUCAUCUUCAUUCAUGAGAACUCCAGUGGCUACUACCGCACCUCAGUGUACUUCCUGUCCAAGAUCUUUGCCGACCUCCUCCCAAACCGCAUUAUCCCCAUCGUUGUGUUCUCAGCCAUUGCCUACUACAUGAUGGGUCUGAAGCCUGACUUUGCAGCCUUCGUGUGCUUCGCUCUGAACAUGUGUCUGGUCAGUCUGGCGGGAGUGGGUCUGGCGUUCCUUGUCUCGGCCAGCGUGUCCACCUUCGCCAUGGCCAACAUCAUGAUUGCCCUGCCCUUCGUCUUCAUGAUGGUCUUUGGGGGAUUCCUGGUCAAUCUGAACUCCAUGCUGAGCUGGCUCUCCUGGCUGAAGUGGCUCAGUAUCUUCAGUUAUGGACUCAAUGCUGCCAUGAUUAAUGAGUACAAAGGACAGAUCUUCUACAACAACCAGACCCCGGUCGCAGGCGAGGUGUUUCUCAAUAUUCAGGACCUGGACUACUCGGGGUGGGGAUACUGGCAGAACGAGGUGGCUCUGAUGGGCAUCAUGCUAGUCUGCAUGUUCUUCGCCUACAUCCAACUGCGACGUAUCAACCGAUGGAAAUGAGACCACUCACUCUUUAUGUUUGUUUUGUUCUAUUUAUUUAUAUGUCAGUAAUCAAGUGUGUUCAUAAUGCUAAACUCUCAUUGUCAUUUACAGUUAGAGUUUACAAAUUUACGCAUAGACACCACUCAGCUGUGCUGAAUAGGCCUGUCACCAUAACAAAUUUUGAAGUACGAUGCUGAUGAAAAUAUUUAUAUAAUUUCUGAAAGUCACUAUCACCAUUAAAGGAGUUGUGCCUGAUUAAACUGACUUAAAAAGAUGAAAAAGAGAACUAGUUCAUUUUAUAACGGCCCUAUAUAUAUACGUAUAGGGCCUUUAACUUAGCAUAUUACCGGUACAUCUCCUUUAUAAUCUAAGUAAAUAAAUAUUUGUAAAGAUUUGGGAGGUCCAUCUCUGACCCCCUGACCUGCAGAGUGGCCCUGCACGUGCUCUGACGAUUGCUUGUGUGUGGGGUGGAUAAGCUGCUCAGUGCUGAUGUGUGUGAGGUGUGAGGUGCUCCUCUUCUCUGUCUGCACUGCCAACAGAAGAUCUAAGAACCUCAAAGCUCCUUAAGAUAAUGAACCAGACCGACACAU